AUGUCUGGCUCUAAAUUGAAACCUAAAAAUGCUCUCUGUCUGUAUCGUGAAACACUUUCUGGUGCAGAACAGCUACGUUAUGAAGCAAAACUGUCUACUAUUGGGGGCUGUGACCCUUACGUGGUUGAUGCUACUAAAUGGUCUGCAGACGUCGCCUUGUUACCGUCCGUGACAUAUCCAGAUAUUGUGAAUUACCUGGUUUUCAAUCCUAGCCCUUACACACUGGAUGACUUAAAGUGUUACAAAGGUCUUGAAGCCUACAACCAAUUUGUUUCCGGUUGGGUGAGAGAAAUGAAAACAUUUGUGUGCAAUGAAAACAUUGUAGUAUCUGCUAAGGUCAUGCAUUCUCAGAGAAUGAGUGAGAAGCCUCUACAGCCCUGGAUGAUAGCGAAACAAAAUGCACCACCUAACAUGGAAGAUUCACAUUUACCAAAUGAUGUUAAAGUGAUUCAACAUAAACCAGCAGCAUUAGAGUGUGCCACUGAUGCCAACCCAUCGCCUACAAUAACGUGGUAUAAAAAUGGGAAUCGUUUGAACCCGCACAGCAGGCUGGGACCUCGUAUAUUGAGAGGAAAUACAUUGUUACAAAUUUACAGUUCUCAAGUUACUGAUAUAGGACAGUAUCAAUGUGUUGCUACAAAUGUAGCUGGAAAUAGUUCCAAAAUAUUCAACCUGGACGUACUUGUUCCACCAACCAUUGGUGACGGUGAUAAAUACAAAACUGUACUUGUCAACGCUAAUGUUACACUAUCAUGUGAAGUGUAUGGAUUGCCUAAGCCUAAAGUUACGUGGUAUAAAGAUCAAUUGAAGUUACCAGCAGUGAAUAAAGACAAAAAAUAUACGAUCUUCAGCAGUGGGUCAUUAUUGCUAAGUGCAGCUAAAAUAUCGCACACUGGUGAAUAUACUUGUCAUGUAUCUAAUGAGGCGGGUAAUAUCACCAGGGUUAUAACACUAGAAGUACAAGUACCACCAUCAAUAGAGGACAGAAUUGAAGACAUCAGAACAAUUGAAGGUGACCAUGUUGAUUUGAUCUGUAGAGCUAGUGGAACCCCGCCACCGAAAAUAAUAUGGCACAGAGGUGGUAAUGUCAUAGAUGACAAUACACCAGGAUAUGUUCUACAUGAUGAUGGUAGAUUAAGUAUACGAUCUACAAGCGUUUCAGAUGCUGGUGCUUAUAACUGUGUAGCGCAAAAUCCAGCGGGAGCAGCUUAUAAGAAGAUUAAACUACAAGUGCAAGUGCCACCUACAAUUCAAGAAUCUUUCCAACAGUUUGUGGUGAUAGAAGACCAACAAGUGACAAUGGAAUGUACAUCCACGGGAACACCAGCACCGGAAAUACGAUGGCAGAUAAAAGACGAAGACAUAUCCCAUAAUGAUAUGCGGUAUAGAAUGUUGCCAACGGGUGCAUUGCAGAUCCCAUUUGCACGAAGGGAAGAUACAGGAAUGUUUAAAUGCAUUGCAGAAAAUGCAGCAGGGAAAGCUGAACAGUUUAUGGGCCUACAAGUGAAUGUUCCUCCAAGUAUUUACCCAGACAAACAAGCAUACCACGUACUCAUCCAAGAGAAUAUUGGACUGCAGUGUAAUAGCGAUGGAACACCACAACCCACUGUAACCUGGGAAAAAGAUGGCCGUGGUGUUGCUAACACCGACAGACACCACAUAGCCGAUGAUGGUGAACUUUAUAUAACGAAUACUCAAGAAGUUGAUAAUGGUAAAUACAUAUGUAGAGCUAUCAAUGUAGCUGGCAGAGCCUCUCGGGAAAUGAUUCUGACAGUUCAAGUACCACCCAAGUUUACAGUGAUGCCUAUUGCCCAGCGAUUAUCUGCUAAUGAUGUACUACAUCUGGUAUGUGAAGCUGUAGGUGUACCAGUACCAGAAUUGACCUGGCAACAUAAUGGAGAGUAUAUACCAACUGCUCGCAGUAUAAAUGGUCGAAGUGAACUGACAAUAUAUAAUGUACGAAAGGAAGAUACUGGAACAUAUGCAUGUAUUGCUGAAAACGCCGCUGGGAAGGAAAAAAGAGUGACUGAUAUCUGGGUCCAAGUUCCACCAACUGAUUUUGUGCCUCCUCGGAAUCAGACAGUAACACGUGCACACACAGUGGAGUUGACCUGCUCUGCCGAUGGCGACCCCGCACCAAAUAUAAUUUGGAGUAAGAACAGUAACCCAGUUCAUUUCACCAAUAGGGUUAGAAAAUCCAACAACGGCUCAUUGGUUAUUUACGGCACUACUGUAAGUAAACCGGAAUUAACAAUAGAGCCACCCGAAGCUAUGAUUGUUGAUCAAGGAGAUGCAAUAUUAAUAGAUUGCCAGGCAGAAGGUGACCCACAGCCAUCUAUCGAGUGGUGGACUGCAACAUCUAUGAUAACAUCCAAUGGUAGAAAUAUGAUUUUACCCAACAAUACAUUGUAUAUUUUCCCUGCACAAAUUGAGGAUAAUGGUAGAUACGCUUGUAAAGCCAUUAACACAGUGGGCGAUACAACUCGAGCUACCUUGGUAACAGUUAGAGUUAAUGGUCAAUAUGGUAGAUGGUCCGAAUGGUCCGAAUGUAGCAAAUCAUGUGGAAGAGGAUUCAAGUCACGUGAUCGUCAUUGUAACGACCCUGUUCCCCAGUAUGGUGGAAAAGCAUGUACUGGCAAAUCACAUGAACAGGUGCCGUGUAACAUCAAACCCUGUCCGGUUGAUGGAAAAUGGGGUCCAUGGAGUCCUUGGAAUGAAUGUAGUGAGACAUGUGGGGAAGGAACUGAGACACGUACAAGACAGUGUAAUAAUCCUGCACCUAAAGAUGGUGGUCUACAGUGCCUUGGAUCUGAUGUACAAAGUCAAAUGUGUAAAAUACAGACAUGUUCGGUUGACGGUAAAUGGGGUACAUGGAAUUCAUGGCAAAUGUGUAGUAAAUCAUGUGGUACUGGCAAACAAACCCGUGAACGUACAUGUUCCAAUCCAGCUCCACGACACGGUGGUAGACCAUGUGAUGGACAGGAUAAACAGGAGAACUACUGUAACACUGAGGGAUGUCCAGUCCAUGGUAAUUGGUCUACAUGGGAAGAGUGGGGGGAGUGUAGUGCUAGUUGUAAUGGCGGUCAACAAAGACGUUACAGAACUUGUAAUAAUCCAAGACCAAGUCAUGGAGGAAGAUUCUGUCAAGGGACAAACACGCAAAUGAAAUCGUGUAAUCUUCAGGAAUGUUCAGUUGAUGGCAGGUGGUCUGAAUGGGGUGAUUGGACAGAAUGUUCACUAAGUUGCGAUGGCGGUGAAAAAACUCGACGUCGAACAUGUACGGAACCGUCACCUUCUUAUGGCGGCCGACCAUGUCAAGGCGAUUCCUCACACGUUGCAAGAUGUAAUUUGAUACCAUGUCCAGAUGGUCCAGCUGACGCUGUUGGUAAUGUUAUUGGUGAAAUUAAUGGUAUUGACUUUGGAAUUGCAAGACUGUAUGCCAAUAUCACCCGUGAUGGGAAUUCAAAGCGAGUUCAUGCGAAAAUAUAUGACAUACCUGAAUCAGUAGGAUAUUGGAUGAGAAAAUUGAUAUCGUUAUUGACACCAAUAUAUUGGACUUCAGCGCUUGAAAUUGAUGAAGCAGUCAAUGGAUAUACACUUACCAAUGGUGUGUUUAGAAGAGAAACACAAGUAGAAUUUGCCACAGGUGAGAUUCUGACAAUGACACAUAAAGCACAUGGUGUAGAUGAAAACGGGCAGUUACAAAUCGAUGUCGUAAUUAAGGGUGAAGUACCAAAGCUACCAUUGGUAGACAUUAGAUUAAAGCCAUACACUGAAGACUAUAUACAAACAAAUAAUGGCGAAAUCUAUGCUUAUUCCACAAGAAUGUUCAGCAUGGAUGGACACUCUUUACCUUAUGCUUGGAACCAUUCUAUACAUUAUGAUCCUCGUCUGGGGAGAAUGCCAUUUUUAGUUGAAAAACUACACGCUGUAGGCCUAGGUGUAGAUUAUGAUUCCUCUAAACAAGUACUACAAUAUGAGAUUUCUACUUCUAUAUCGAAAGGUGAACCAAGUAAUCAAUGUCCAGAAGGUUUUUAUUUAGAUGCCAGUGGUCCAUUUUGUAAAG